UGUGUGUGUGAAGCUGGAGGAUCAUGAAGAAAGAAUUUCAGUUUUUAAAGAGGAGGAGGAGUGCAAGGGAUUGACUGCUGCCAUUAAAGCUGAGGAUUUCAAUGAUAUCUCUGGUGGUCUUGAACUUCAAAAUCAUAAAACUGAGGAUAUUUUCAAGCAAGAUGCCUGUGAAGAAUCUCCAUCCAGUUUACAGCCCUGGUCCACUAAUACGGGAAGACUGGCUAUGCAGGAGAAUUCUGCAGAGCUGAAAUCAGAGUUAUCAGAGUCUGAAAAGAAAAUCACUGAGGGAAAUGGGAGAGAAGGAGAAGAGUCACCUGGGAGUGUUGGAAUAAAAUUGCAGAAGAAUGGCACCUUAUCUCCACCUUUAUUUGGUCAGCUCUCACUUCAAUACAAAUUGAAAGGUAUGAAGAAAUCAGCUAGAGGAUCAGAGAACUUGACAGCAGCCUUUUUUCAGUUCAGUUCUCUCCCUGCUACUGGAUCAACACGGACAGAAGCCAUCAAACCUGAUCGACAGGAAGUGGAGAAAGAACUCCAAAUUCAUACUGAACAAAAAUCAUAUUGUUGCCCUGAAUGUGGUAAGUCGAUCUCAACGAGAAACCAUCUUCAGACCCACAGAAGAAUUCACACAGGAGAAAAAUCUCAUUGCUGUUCAGAAUGUGGUAAGUUGUUCUCAUGUAUAAGCAUUCUUAAGAGGCAUAGAAGAAUCCACACAGGAGAAAAACCUCAUUGUUGUCCAGAAUGUGGCAAUUCAUUUUCAUGUAUAAGCAUUCUUAAGAGGCAUAGAAGAAUCCACACAGGAGAAAAACCUUAUUGUUGUCCAGAAUGUGGUAAGUCAUUCUCAGUGAAAUGCAAUCUUCAGAAACACAUGAGAAUUCACUUUGGAGAAAAACCCUAUUGCUGUCCAGAAUGUGGAAAACGAUUCUCAUGUCAAACAGUGCUUCGAUGCCACAGAAGGAUCCACACUAAACCAGUCCACCAGAAGCCGUAUACCUGUUCUGAAUGUGGUAAAGGAUACUCGUCCAGAAGAAGCUUUAGGAGACACACACAAAGUCAUAUUGGAGUAAAGCCUGUCCCAGAAAUGUCAAAUGAUCUUUCCAUUGGCUCCUCAACCAAAAAUAUUAAAGAAAAGUCUUCCGAGUGAGUAAAGGACUUCAGUUGAAAGUAGUUAAUAAGUACGUAAGAAUAGUGGAGAAAACACUGAAAGUGGCAAACAGAUCGUAGCUGCAAGGUGACCUCAGAGCAACAUAUGAAUUCUAUGGAAGAAUAAUUUUAAGGUAACAUAGCAUAAAGAGUU